UGCCGAUAAAAACCCCAGAAGAAGAUGAAGAAAAGAAAGUCACUGCUAGCGCAGCGCCAACACACAGCUUUAAGUCUUCUGAGAUCUGCUCCUCCAACCACACAGCAAUUCACAUACAGUUCGGCUACUCUCCCAAAAGUUUAAGAAAGAAAGUCAAAAACAUGACGGAUCCAGAACCCAGCGGAAUAAAACAAGAAGAUGCUGAACAACAAAUAGACCUGAUAGAACAGAAAAAGGAGAUUGAAGAACUGAUUGAAGAGGGGGAAAACCAUCAUGUCAAAUCUGAAGAGAUAUCGUGGAAAUCCUCAUUGAAAAGAAGAGACAAAAUAUGGCCUCCGUGUGAAAAGAGUCUCUCAUUCAAGAAAAAUCCUGAUAUUAAAAUAAAAUGUCACCUUGAAGGAAAGCUGUACAAAUGUGAUCAGUGUGGGAAGAGUUUUGCACAAAAAGGAAACCUUACAAAACACGUGAAUAUCCACACUGGGGAGAAGCCAUACACAUGUGGUCAAUGUGGAAAGAGCUUCAGACUAAAAGCUACUCUUAACAAACACACAAGUAUCCACACUGCAGAUAAGCCGUACACAUGUGAUCAGUGUGGGAAGAGCUUCAGACAAAAAACUACUCUUAACAAACACACAAGGAUCCACACUGCAGAGAAGCCGUACACAUGUGAUCAGUGUGGGAAGAGCUUCAGACAAAAAACUACUCUUAACAAACACACAAGGAUCCACACUGCAGAUAAGACGUACACAUGUGAUCAGUGUGGGAAGAGCUUCAAACUAAAAGCUAUUCUUAACGAACACACAAGGAUCCACACUGGAGAGAAGCCGUACACAUGUGAUCAGUGUGGGAAGAGCUUCAAACUAAAAGCUACUCUUAGCGAACACACAAGGAUCCACACUGCAGAUAAGCCAUACACAUGUGAUCAGUGUGGGAUGAGCUUCAGACAAAAAACUACUCUUAACAAACACACAAGGAUCCACACUGGAGAGAAGCCGUACACAUGUGAUCAGUGUGGAAGGAGUUUCUCACAAAAAGUAUACCGUGACACACACUUAAAAACCCACACUGGAGAGAAGCCAUACACUUGUGUUCAGUGUGGGAAGAGUUUCACACAAAAAGGAGCCCUUAAUGUGCACAUGAUGAUCCACACUGGAGAGAAGCCACACACAUGUGAUCAGUGUGGGAAGAGUUUCAGACAUAAGCAACUCCUUAAGGAACACAUGAGGGUUCACACUGGAGAGAAGCCAUACACAUGUGAUCAGUGUGGGAAAAGUUUCAGAAAAUAUAGUGGUUUUAAAAAACAUCUGCUUACUCAUUCUAGAGAGAGACUAGAAAACUGUGACCAAAGUAGUAGAACAUUCCUAAAGGACCGCUUGAAAUCUCAUACAAAGGAGAAGCCUUACAUUUGUUAUUUAUGUGGAAAGAGUUUUAGUCAGAUGACUGCAUUAAAGAUACAUCAGAAAAGACACAGUGGUGUGAAGGAUCAUGUUUGCUCUAAGUGUGGGAAGACAUUUUUUACAUAUGGCGCACUGAAAGUGCACCAGACAGUUCACACUACAGAAACACCUUACAAGUGUUCACACUGUGACAAGACAUUCAAACGGUCAACAUAUCUGCAAAUACAUGAGAGGAUCCACACUGGAGAGAAACCAUAUACAUGCGAUCAAUGUGGGAAGAGCUUCAGAAUAAAAGAAAUGCUUAAUCGACACAUGACUAUCCACACUGUAGAGAAGCUACACACAUGUGUUCACUGUGGGAAGCAUUUUGGGCAAAAAGGAAACCUUAAUAAACAUAUGAAUAUCCACACUGGAGAGAAUCUACACAAAUGUGAUCAGUGUGGGAAGAGUUUCGUAACAAAAGGAAGCCUUAAAGAACACAUGAAAGUCCACACUGGAGAGAGGCCACACACAUGUGAUCAGUGUGGCAAGAGUUUCACACAAAAAGGAAGCCUUUUCAAACAUAUGAAAAGCCACACUGGGGAGAAGCCGCACACAUGUGAUCAGUGUGGAAAAAGUUUCACAUUAAAAGAAACCCUUAAUGAUCACAUGAAGAUCCACACUACAGAAACACCUUUUAAGUGUUCACACUGUGACAAGAGAUUCAAACGGUCAAAAUAUAUGAAAAUACAUGAGAGGAUCCACAAUAGAGAGAAGCAGUAUCACUGUCAUUCAUGUGGGAAGAUAUUCACUCAAUUAUCUUCUCUAAUCUGUCAUAAAUUACAUGUGUGCAUGUCUGAAAUUACAGUUGGUAGUUUAAGUUCUGACCCUGUACUUCCAGGUCUGAUGGUUAAUAUUGAUUAAUCAUAGAUUAUUAAAAUGAGUAAUCGGCUAACCUUUUGAAUAUUUCACCGAUUGAUCAGUCACUUUUAUUGAUUAUUCAGAUUUUGGAGUUUGUUAAAAUGUUGAGUUGUAUCCAUUCUAACUAAUAAAUAAAAAAUUAAAAUCA